AAAAUCAUUUCAUGUUUUUUAAGUAAAAUGUUCAAUAAAUUGUAGUUUUGGUCGAUUCUUUGGAUUUGGUAUGCAAUCAAAAUUAGAUGCCUUACUUAAAUAAGAUAAUUUAACAUUAGAAACAAUUUUAAAUGAAGAUGACAUAUUAUAGGAACUAAAAAUGUCAAGUUCAGGAAAAUUUGCUGAUUUGUAAAAAUUUAAAUAAUAUUUCAAGCAUAAUCUCUCACCCAGAUGAAUUUAAAAAAAUGAUUCAUUACAUAAUUGAUGAUGUUUAACCAGAGGAAGAGGAUAAACAAAAAUACAUAAAGUAAUUUUGAUUAUUAGAUAAUUAGAUUUUAAUUUAUCAUAAGUGAAGUAUUUGGCUCUGAAAAUGAGAAACUUAUUAAUUAUUUAUUAGACAAGCCAAAUGAAAAUAAUUAAGAGGAAAUAUAAAAUCCUCUUGAAGAUUAAUAAAUUGAAUCAUAACCAACUCAAGAAUAAGGAAAUAAAAAAUAAAAUUAUAAUCCUUUAAUUGAUGAAUUCCUAACUGUUUUACAAAAUGAUACAUUAAUAGUCACCACAGCUGGUUAUAUCAAUAAGAUUAUUGGAGCCAUUAUUCAUCGAAGAGGAUAUGAUGUAUAAGUCUAUUACAUUUAUAAUAGUUUUGGGAGUAUAUAACAUAUAAUUAAACUAUAAUUAAACUUCUAUUUAAGCAUGCUGAACUCAAACAUAUUUCUGAAAUUAUAGAAAAGCUACUAAUUUUAGAUACUAAUCAAGAAGAAGAAAAUGAUAAUAGGUAAUUUAUCAAGGAAAGAUCUGAAUUAAUUAUAAGAACAUAAAAGUUCUUAACUAAUAAUUCCCAUUCUAAUGUUAUUGUUUCAAAUAUAUGUGAUAUAUUCAUUGAACUUUACAAAAGAGUAUUAAUAUCAUUAGAAACUAUGCCACAUUUAAGAGAAAUUAUACUUAAUAUUCCUAAGCCAUAAUAUUUAAUGAAUCUUGCUAUUUAAACAUAAAAUACAUCUGUUUAUAAUUUGUUGAACAUUCAAUAUGAGUUUUAUUCUAAAAUUGAAUAAUUAGAAGAUGGAAAGUAUGCUGUUGACUUUUAAUUCCUUUAUUCAAGUUUAAUUUCGCUUUUACCAUAAGCUUUAAUUCAAUAAGAUCUCUUUAAAGUUGCCUUUUAAACUUCGAAUGGAGAUUAUUAAUUUCCACUUGGUGAUGCUAAACUAUCAUUAAUAUCUUUCAUUAUAUAACUUUUUUAAAGAUAAGAAAUUGUAGAAGAGAUUAAUUAAUUUAUUAUUUUUUAAAAUAUCUUAGAUUUAAUAAUAAAAUAUUCCUACAAUAAUUAAUUAUAAAUCUUAUUUGAAAAACUAGUAACUAUUAUUAUACAAGGUAAUAAUUCUCAUUUAUAAAAUGUCUUUUUUUAAGAUUAAAUUAUUUUUAAAUUCUUAAUAAAAUAUAAUGGAAUAGAAGGAAGAAAAUAAAAACCAGCUUAUUAAGGAAUAUUAACUAAAAUUACUAAUUAUUUGAAUUCUAAUAUAAAUCAAUCAGAUUAAUUACAAACUUCUAUUAAUUUAAUAAUGGAAGAAUGGAAAAUUUAUAUAGAUGAAUUAAGUGAAGUAAACUAAAAAGAAUUAAAUUGGAUGUGUGGAGUCAAUCCAAGAAUAAAGGAACCAAUAAAUAUGGAAUCAUCAAGUCCUUUUAUGCCUGAUCCAUUAAUUCCAUAUUAAGGAAUAAGAAAAAUAGAAAGUAAUGAAGAAAAUUCAAUUAAUUAAGAUAAAAAUGAUAUCAAUUAAGUUGAACAAGAUGAUAAAUAAAAUAAUGAUAUAUAAUCUGAUAAAUAAGAUGAAUUACAUUAACCUAAUGAAUAAGAAGAAUUACAUUAACCUAAUGAAUAAGAAGAAUUACAUUUACCUAAUGAAUAAGAAGAAUUACAUUUACCUGAUGAAUAAGAUGAAUUACAUUAACCUGAUAAAUAAGAUGAAUUACAUUAACCUAAUGAAUAAGAAGAAUUACAUUAACCUGAUAGAAAAGAUGAAUUACAUUAACCUAAUGACACAGAUGAAUUACAUUAAAUUGAUCAUUUACCCCAAUCUGUUGAUAUUCCAAAUACUAAUUAAAAUGCUGAAAAUCUUUAAGAAAUUGUAGAAAAUUAAGUAAAUUAAACUACAGAAGUCAUAACUUAAGAACUUAAUUAAUAGCAAGAAAAAUUAAAUCAAGAACCAGAACCUACAGAAUUAAUUGAUUAAAAUUAAUAACCAAAUUAAAAUUUGAGAUAAAAUGAUUAAGAAAAUUAAUAAGAUUUAGGUGAACCUGAGCCUUAGUAGCAAAACAAAAAUUAUUAAUAAGAACCUUAGACAGAACCUAAUGUUGCCUAAAAUGCUCUAGAAUCUAAUUCUUAAUAAUAAUAAUAAGAUGAGAUUUGA